CAUUUCCGUCUUUGUUAAACCGAGUGAGCCCCCCCCAUCCCCCGUCCGCCAUUCGUCCAUCCAUCCAUCCAGCCAUUGGCCGUCUGAUCCACCCACAGAUAAAGGGCCAACGGGACAGGUGACGUCGAUAUCUCAGAAACACCAGCCACACACGCACACACACAGCCACAAGCACAUCCCUCCCUCCUUCCCUCAUAUCGGCUCGAUGACCUGCUGGAGGCCCAGCUUGCGGUUCCACCAGAUGUACGACUUAGCGCCGAAGAAGUUGUUGCCAUACCGCAGCGCCGCGAUGGCGCUCCGCAGACAGCCGUUCUGAAAGGGGUCCUUCUCGCUCAACAGACGAGCCAGAGACAACUCCAGACCCUCACACAAGUGAAACCUGCACCAAUCGACAGACAGACACCAUGCGACAGAUCUCUCUCUCUCUCUGUCUCUCUCUCUCUGCUUGCCUGGGGUUGCUGUUGAAGGCCAUGAAGGUGGCCCAUCCGAAGGUGCCGCCCCACAGUGGGGGCAGUUCCACAUUUGACGCCCGCCCGGUGAGGCGCUCGCGGAGGCCAACCAGCCCGAGCGUCAGACCGUACCCUGAGACGCCGCACGAGGUGCCGAUCAGCAGGUACUGACCCGCCGUGUUGACCAGGGAGCCCAGCCGCUCGGCGACAGAGAACGGGCCGGAGAUGAACAUGUGGCUGGGCAGCUUGUCGGCCCACUUGCUGUACGCCCUCAUGGCGCCGGCCAGAGCGCCCUUCACCCCCCGCACAGGGGCAGUCGUCGAGCCGGCGGCAGCGGCCGCACCACCCUGACAAACACACACAUCACAUCCACACACACAUGAGGGAAUGGGGAAGAGGGGCAGAGGGGUGGGAGAGGGAAGGUGCUGACCGAUAUGAGAAGGGCGUCUUGUGGCCGUUUGAGCAGGUGGGCGGUGGAGAACCGUGGCGCUAGCAGCCACACGAAGGCGCCCUCGACAAUGAGGCCGGGCAGCAGGUGGCCCAUGACGUAGUCGAUCUCCUUGAAAAAGUUCUUGCCGCGCGUCUGAAUCUCAGCUGCACACACAGACAGCACAGCGCACUUACUGCAGCAGCGGGCGGUUUGUCUGUGCGUGUGUCGUGUGGUGUGGUUCCUUCUCCCUUCGCACCCACCCAGCAGCGCUGUGCCAUUGCCUAUCGCCUGCUGGAUCCAAAACUUGUACCUGCGACCAACGAACAGACAGACAGACAGACCCACUUGAAAACACAUCUAUGGUCCUUCCUCCAUGUCAGUCAGCUCACUCACCAAAACUGCGGGUCAGCGAGAACCCGCUCAUAGAGGGGUCUGACCCUGGACAGCACCCCGCCCAGCCCGACAAUCUGUGCGAUGCCCAGCCACCGCUCGAACUGCGACUCGGUCAGCAGCCCCUUGUCCGCCGCCACCCAGAUGUCACGCGGCAGCCUCGACCGAUCCAUACCGCGAGAUGCUGACCAGACAACACACACACUCACUCAUGAGUGGUGGGGUGGAUGUGAUGCCGUUCUCUCUCUGUCACAUCACAUGCACCCACCCAGCCUCGAGACGAUGGCGUCGAGUCCGAUCGGUGGAUCGGCCGUGCUGCCGGCAGCCGCUCCGCCAGUGGGACCGUCUGCUGGCGGUUCUGAUGGCGGCUGCCCUCCAUUGCCGCUGAGGCCGAUAUCGUCCGAGGUGACUGGAUAGACAGCAGACGCCUUCUGAUGAGCGGACCAGGGGACCUGAACGCGCCGAACACACACACACACGCGCACAGACACGCACAGAGUAAUCAACAUAACCGACCGCCGAGAAGCAUCCCAUGCAGAGUCACCCACCGUUGGUCUGUUCUGCACGGCCCUCCUGCGUGCAGCCGUGUGCCGCAACCCCGUGAGCAGAUCUCCUACCGACAGGAAUGCACUCCCACUCCCACCACCGCCGCCGUCAUGAUGAGCAGUCCGCCUCAGUGGUGUUGUGAGAGGCCUUGGAGCCAUGGCCAUCCCAUGCAGCACUUCCCCACCGACGAGCAUGAGCACCAGCAGCAGUGGCAGAGGUCUGACGAGCGGCGCAGGUGGCGGCGUCUGCCUGGUGGGACGUUGACUCAUGGAUUCGCGGAUCUGCGGGGCGGUGGUGACUCCACAUUCCAUCAAUGGUAUGCUGCUCAGGAAAAAGGGGGAGGG